AUGGAAGUUGAAAAAGAUCAAGUAUCAAGUGAUAAUUAUAUUGAUAAUUCUUCUAAUUUAGUAAAGCUUUGUAGAAUAAUUGGUCCACAAUUAUUUAUAUUUAUAAUGUUUAUUGUAUAUAUGAUUGUUGGUACAUAUAUUUAUAUGUCAAUUGAACCAUCAAUGAAAGAAGAAGGUUUUUGGAAAAUUUUUGUUUUUGUUUUUACAACAUUAGCAACUAUUGGAUAUGGAAAUAUUGCACCAAUUACAAUAUGUGGUAAAAUUUUUACAAUUUUCUAUACAUUUAUUGGAAUUCCUUUAUGUUUGCUUACAUUAGCUAAUAUUGGAAAAUUAAAUAUGAAAUGUUAUUGGAUGGUUUUAAUUUGUUUAGGAAUGAUGCUUGAAAAAAUUCCAAGAGGUGUGGCAAAAUUACCAAUACUUCCAUUGUCAGUAUUAUUUUUUUUAACAUUUAUUUAUGGAAGUUAUAUUGUUUAUGAUCCUAAUAAUUGGGAUGUUGUAAAUAAUAUAUAUUUUCAAAUGAUAUCAUUCAGUACAAUAGGUUUUGGUGAUAUGGUUCCACAUUUUAAUGGAUAUAUACAUUCAAUUGCUGUUGUACUUUUUUUAAUGUGGGGAUGUAUAUUGAGUGCUAUGAUAGUCGCAACAAUUUCUGAAAAAAUUGAAAAAAUACAUAAUUUAGGUGAUUUGGUUAUCCGUAAUGAUAAAUACCUUGUUCAAUUUGGUGAUAAACAUAUAAAAAUUUCUGAAUUAAUCGAUAUAUUAUCAGAUGAAUUUAAAGUACCAAGAAGAAGAGUUCAUUCUAUGAUAAAAUCAAUGGAUGAAUGGGCAUCAAGAGCAAAAUUUUCAGAAGAAAAUCUUACAAAUUUAUAA